AUGAGCGACGACCUCCUCGAGCAGGUCCGUGCGCCGGGCGGAUCUUUGGAGGAGAAGCUGGAGGCCGUCAUCGACGUUUUCCGGGCCAGUCAGCGGCACCUCGAGAGCUGCCGGGAAGCUUUGAGGAGACAGGCACUGGAGAGGCGCCAGGCAGAGGGCCGGGAGCGUCUGCCUGCAGAGGUGGAGGAGGUCAUCUCCGGGGGAACGUACCUUGACUCCUUCCUGGAGGCUUACGAUGGUCAAAGCUUUUUACUCCACAACGAGGAGAUCGUUCCGUGUCACGAGUACCGGCUGGGUCUGGAGGUGAACUCCGGUGGAGCCUACUGGAAGGGCAUCUCCAUCCAGGAGGCCGCCGUGCGGCAUGACGUGCAAGCGGUGGCUGGUGCCAGCGGCCUGGAAGGUUCCAUGAACAUCAUCUCGCAAUUCGGCGCUGCGCAGCGGGGUGCCGUCUUGGCUUGGCGAUGGCAGCACGUUUUGGACGCCGGGCCAUACGACCUGCCGGAGUGGCUGGCGAAGGCCUUGGCCACGGAAGGCAACGACCCGCUGCGGAAGCUGCACGCAGAGCUGGAGGCGGUCCGGCGCUGGGAACACCAGGUGCAGCAGGACACCUGCAAGUACAUCAAAUCCAACAACGAAGUCAAGGACAUUUACAUUCGGGAGGUGUUGCGACUGUGGCCAUCCGAGACAGACCAUCAGGGUGUAGAGGUCUGCAAAAAGUGCGCAUGGGUGGAGGGCCUCGACGCCACACUCUUUACCUCGCGGAACAUCCUGGUACAGCGGGUACCCUACGACGACAGCCACGCGCUGGCGCUCCAUGCUUGCAUCGCGCGCCGACAAGUGGAUGAGAAGGACAAGGAUCAGAGCCCACCCUAUCGGCUCAUCACCACGUGGAUGUGGGUGCAGUGCCCCAGGGAGGCCGUGGCGGAGCCGGCCCAGGUCCAUGCGGCCUCGCGGUCUCGGACUGGGAAGGCCCCGGAGGCGGAGGUGGUGCAACUCGCAAAGGGAAAAGAAGUGAGCGGCGUCAAUCGGACUUUGAGCAUCCCUUACGAGAUCCGUCCGAGCACUUUCAGCGGCACCCCGCACGGUGCCAUUCAAGGCGAAGUGGGAGCCAUGGGAGCCACAAGUGCGUCGAGCACCUACCUCGUCUCGCGGCCGAGUACGGCAGGGAGCUUGUCCCGGCCGUUGAGCCUGCAGCAGAAGGUACCGGCCCAGGCGAUGCCAGUGCCCGUACCCAUGGGCCCCGCGGUGGCGAGCGUUGCCACACCUUCGAAGGUUUGGUUCUGUGCUCCGGGCUCUCCGCCGAUGGGCACCGUCACCGGGCCGGGCUCGGUCGCCUCGGUUCGGCGCUGA